AUGUGUCACCGUCCAAUUGGAAUCGAUUAUUUUCCGAACUUAAUCGAGGCGUUCAAUGUUCCGAGAAGAAAUAGUUUCCACAUUCCAAGAAAAAUGUCCGAAGAUCAAUACGACACUUUAAUGCGACUACUUUAUUUGUCAAUGAAGGUGUUUUAUGACAAUGACAUUGAGUAUACUGUGAGUGCCGGAGGACUUAUAGGCUCAUAUGUAAUGCAUGAUAUGUUACCAUGGGAUGAUGACAUGGAUAUACUAAUCAACGAGAAACACAUGCGAAAGGUAGUAGAGCUGUUCAAAGAUGACCGGCAUUAUGGAAUCCAGGGAUACCAGAACAAAAAUCAGCCCGGAAGUGUGGUCAAAUUAUUUUUCACGUCUUCUCCCAGUACUAGUAAAUAUAAUUGGAGAUGGCCGUUUCUGGAUAUCGAAAGUUAUAUCGAAGAGGGUGACCAAAUUAAGUUAGCGGACAGAUCUGAUCGAAAUGUUUCGUGGUCAAGAGAUUCCUACUUUCCUUUCCAUCGACGACCUUUUGGACCUCUUUGGCUUAACUUCCCUCGAGAUCCCAAAGGUUACUUAAGAGCUCAUUAUUUGCACCACUUCAAAUGCAAGACACAACAUUGGGACCAUGAAAAAGAAAAACUACAGCCUAGACUCGAAGUAGAUUGUGACCUAUUAGCUCCUCACUACCCCUUCGUCAAAAGAACUCCCUUCGCCAAUAUCACAAAAGAGACUUUAGUUCUAAAUGAAACGGAAUUGUACACAAUCUAUAUUGAUGAACCCUAUAAAGAAACAGAGUAUGAGCUCGGUUGGUGGUAG